GUGUUGCUACAUGUUUGCUCUAACACGUGUCGUGUGCGCGUUCCAUUAAUUCACUCUAAUGGAUGUUUUAUUAUGCUUAACGUUCGAUUGCCAUUGGAUAUGAUACUCUGAUUAUUCUGUGGCAUCCAACAUUCCACUGAUUGUACCAUCUUUUACCUGAUCAACUCAAGCUUGUAUAUUCGUGUAUAUAGGCUUAGGUUUUUAUUUAUGAAUGCUCGAAUGAACGUAGCAUUUGUUAUAUUUUGGCUGGCUUAUUAAAAUAGCUCUCUAUUCGUGGAAUCUUUACGUUUUUAUUCUGGGACAUGCGGGUAGUUGUUUAUACACCCAUUGCUGUGUAUACUCAUUUAUCUCACAUUGUCAAUCAUUUCGUUAUCUCUGUGGAUAAAUAAGGUUAUAAAUCUAGCGGAUUCACUUUUGUAGAUGCAUUUCAGUUUCUGAAUUCACAGUCAAGACCUGGACUUUUAUCGAAGUGACAGUAUAUUCCAUAUACAUUGUCAAAGUUUAAAUGGUCUUUCAUAUUCUAUUUCACGGUGGUAAUUUUGAUGUAACGGGAUACUAUUACAUUUUGUUGUCAUAAUGGAUGAAGACAAGGGAAAUAUACCUCCUGUCCCAACUCACCAAGCAGGGUUACCCCCCGCUGAAGAUAAUUAUGCAUAUGAUAACGCAUUUAUGUGCCAGAUGCCUCCGGAUAUGUCUCGUGGAUCUCCUGAUAUGCCCAUGAAUAUGCCUCCUUUUGUCCAAAACAACGCUAAUAUGGGUAAAAUGGAUGAGCAAGCUUUCGAGGGAAUGCCGAUGCACCCAACUAUGCAUAUGCAGAUGCCUCCUAAUGAGCAUAUGCCUAACGCGAUCGCUAUGGGAAUGCCAGUGGAUGAAACGCAAGCGCAUGCUCAUAUGAUGGGCCAGGAUGAUGAAAUGUCAUCAUCACCUAAUGGGCACCAUGCCAUGCCACCCUUAGCUUACCCUGGAGCACCACCUUUUAACCGACAAUUUUCACCAAAUAUGAUGAACUUUCAAAUGGUACCACCGCCACGUAUGGGUGAGAUGCCUGUGCCUCCCAUGUUUAGAUUUGCACCUCCUAAAGAUGGUGUUAAUAACGUGUUCCCUCCCAUGGAUGGCGACGGGGCUCAUAACGCCAUGGCUCAUUUAACCAAGAGUGUAGGAAUGAUACCACCACGCAAAACCCCGAAUAUACUCUACAAUGCGUAUAACUUGACAGUUGAGAGAUACCAAAACUUAUUACGUAUUCGCGCUGAAGCGGCUAAGAAUGGCAUGGAUUACAAUGGUGGUAUUAUAUUCGACAAAGGGCCGUUUUCUCAAGGUGGACGUUGGUUGGUAUUUUGGAUAUGUAAUGGACGCAUGUGGAGAAAGUCGUUCUUGGUGCAUAUGUACGGCGCGGAUGGUGCUAAGGAACUAGCAGAGCAGUUUUGGUUCAGCAAGAUGCGUGCUAUGCAACUGUACAGGAUAACUAAGACUGCUUCUAUGAAACUAGACAAAGAUCUCAAAAAGUUUGCUGAAUCACAAAAAAUUACGCGUCCACGUCGUCCGCCAAGUCGUUCGACGCCAAGCCCAACGGAAAAUACAGCUGAGGUUAAAAAGCCCGUAGUGUUGAAUGAUUUAGACAUUUUUUGGGAGGAGGAAAGCAGCAGUUGGUGUUUCGACUACCUAGAUCCUGAUACGAAUACAAUGACGAUAAAGCGUGUUCACGUUACGGAUCCCUCAACAUCCCACGAGAAGAAGAUGGAGGCAAGUAAACUAAGAUCGGAGCAUUGGCAAGAUCUGAUCAAGGUAUACACUGAAUCUGAGUACAGCGGGCACACAUACGAGAAGAGCCGCACUUGUUGGCGGGUAUCUCACUGGAUCCCUUCUAAAGGCAUUAACAGGAACCGAUAUUUCAACAUAACGAAGUACGGUUACAUCGAAGCCAAGGAAAAAUCGCGUUUGUAUCGUUUACUGGUUCAUGACUUGGGUGGUGAGGAGCCAGAGUCUUUCCCUGUGGACUCGAAGACGCCUCCUGAAUUUUUCGAGGACCCAGUGACCAAAUUUUACCACCGCAUAUUGAAUUCUCUGCGCAACAAAUAGGUGCUUUUUGGUCACAUAAAAUUAAAAGU